GGCAUAAAUGGCACAGACGAAAAUCUGCCCCUGACGUCUCGAAGCGCUAAGCGAGCUCCCGUACGAACCACAAGAGUCUCCAGGAUCUCCGUGCGUCUCAUUCCCAGACGUUUCAGGACCACCAGGACCUUGUCACUUCCGCUGGCAGGCUCUAAUCCGGAGAGCGAGGCAAACCCAGCCACUCAAUCAUGGCUAUGCAUAGGGGUCAUUCCCAACAUCCUGUCUGCACUUCCUCUUUUUUGAGGGAGGCAGGGCAUAACCGAGUUCUUGAAAUGACGAUGUGUUGUGAGUUUCCCCAUAAACAUGCAGUCGAUCACGAAAACUAAGGCUAUGCUAUACCGUGUAGUGUUUCAGCCGUAGAGAAGCUUCGUAGACUGAACACCAUGGUUCCCUCGUCCCUUCUCACUUUCUUUCUCUCUCUCUCUCUCUUUCUCUGCUCUUUCGAACCUUACGCUGUUAAUCUAAUCAACACGGUCUUUCGAAUCAUCAUUCUUCGGGCUGGACCUUCCAGUUUUUUCUUUCUUUGAGCUGGUACUCCCUUUUUUAUUUACGUUCUUUGUAAACACCUUUUUCAAUAUGAGAAUCAGUCUUUUCCAACGCCGCGAGGCAGCAUUCGAUUCGACCAAGCUGGUUUGGACCAAGGUGCGGAGGCAGAAUGAUAGUUCCAACGCGGUGACGAACGAGUUGGAAACAGUGGCUCCUCCACAGGAAGAAGAUGCCAGUCUACCUAGCGAAGAACCUUCUGCAUCUGCUCCUCCUCCACUAGCAGCGCCAGCUAUAGCGGACACCGUCACUCCCCCUACGGAUACCUUCAUUCCUUCGUCUUCAGAAACCAUACCAACAGCGACCGAGGCUCUCCGACCGACAGAGAUUACACCACCAGCAGACACCAUUCCGAUCAAUACCCCUCUUGCUCUAGCUGAGACCUCAACGCCAGUCCCAAACCCAACACCAGAGGCUUUGAUCGAAGAUUUACCAUCAUCAUCUGACGUUGCACUUCCACCAACCGAGACUGCCGCUUCAACACUUGUACUUGAAACCGCAACUCCAUCCAUUUCGGUUCCAGAGGCCGUAACACCCCCUCCUGCUGCCGCCGAUGAGGCCACCAGCUCAGCUGAGCCAAUUACAACCUCGGCACAGCCUGUUGUGGUGCCUUCAUCAGCCGCAGUUGAUGUUUCUUUGUCGACCACAGCUCCCAGUGCAGGAGAUGUUCCCUCAUCAGUUGAAAGCUCAGCUCUACCAGUCGAAACACCUCCAAACAUCCCCCCACCUGUCUCAACCCCGUCAAAAGUUCCUACUUCAACCCCUGGGACAACUCCCGCGGCGUCAACGCCACCUCCAGAGGCGGUUGCUGCAACUCCCAACAUUCAAGGAGGUUCCUCCAGUCCCUCUGUUUCCUUUGACACAUCAUCUUCAACUACUUCGCCCAACACCUCAGCUUCCUCUCUGCCUGGAGCCCCUGCAGCUGUUGUUGCUGCUAGCACGAGUGAGUCACUGAGCCGCGCGACACCCAAGGCAUCUUCCAACGCACCUACAAACGCUCUUUCUUCCAGUGGCUUGAAUGGCGCUUCACCAAGCAUUCUUGACACGACAUCUCAAGCGUCAACAUUCCUUACUGUAACAUCUUCUACCGCACAACCCACUUCUGUCUCUCCGUCCUUCCAGCGUCUGUCUGCGGUGGCAUCGUUUACUCAAGAAGCAGAUAGUCUACCAACUGCUGGAGUUGCAAAUCUUGGAACUGAUACCACCGGCACCAAUGCUGGAACCCUCUCUGGCGGAACAGAUGUCGAUGGGAAUCCGAUAAAUGCCAAUGGCAUUACGCAAACUUCUCAAGAUAAAGUGCAAGCGAGCAAGACUACGGUAAUUAUCAGCGCUGUCGCUAUUGGUGUUGGAUCCAUCGCUCUCUUCAUCGGCAUUGUCUUCCUCAUUCGACGCAUCAUGCGCAAGCGUCGUGUCGGAAAGGCAGAGUCCCCACCCAGUUCGCCACUUCUGACACCAAUCGAUUCGCCUAUGCCUCUGUCUAUUGCUCGAAGUAUGAGCCAGCGCUCAGGAGGCAACGACUUCUGGGGAUUCAGUAACGGCAAUACUAUCGCAGGGCCCAGAGGAGACAAGGUUGACGACAACUAUAGAGGAGUGGCGCCACUAAGCCCUCUUCCUCAAGCAGCUACAAAUUAUGGAAAUAAUACAAGCAACGUGAAUGAUUUUGCAGGCUUCAAGCUGUUUCCGAGUCCGAGCAAAGGAGAUGCAAAGGUGCAGCCUAGAGACUUCUAGAUACGGCGGAGAAGGGUGAGAGGGUAUGACGACACGCAAACAAGAUCAGACUUUCGUUUGUAGACCAGAUAGGUAGCAGGUAGUGAUAAUAUACGUAUCCUCUCCCCCACAAUUUUCACCGUCUGAUUAUGCAUUGCCAAGUAAAGAAAUUAUUCUCAACCCUGCUUGGGAAACACUCGUCUCCACGUAAGUUCGGGUGAGGAAGCCAAAGGUGUUGAGCCGCGUACAACGUUUAUAUUUGUUAACCAGAAGAAAAAAAUUCGAAACUUUCAGUGGCAU